UCUGCAUCGCAUUGCCCAUUGGUCGGUUGCAUACAAUGGAACGUAUCGUUGCGUGUGUUCUAAAUGUAUAUACUAUCGUUGUGUGAUUGCAUAAACUGGUUUUACAGAUUUUUGAAUGUGAUACAUGUCCAGUGGUUCGGAAAUCAAGAUUUCCUCGCGCAGAGAGUUGUGGGCUCAACCCUUUUUCCGGUAUACGCACAUGUGUCAUGCGCGCAGCGCAAGCGCAUUGAAGUACUUCCUGCAGAGACCGGAUGUGAUCAACUGGCGAAAACCGUGCGUUUUUACAGGGUAACCGACGGUCUUCACCUCUCCAAGUUUACGGCCGAUGAAGCCGCCACCUUGCGGAAGGACUGGGAGGGCAAACGCUACAGGGAGAACCUCGAAGAGCACUUCCGGGCCGUCAUCGAGCAGAUCGAUAGCAGCUGCCUCUGCGACGAGCGCGGCGACCUUCUCGCGUACGCGUGCUUGCAAUUCAAUGGAUCGAUCGCGAUGUUUUGCGUGAAUGCGGAGCAUCGCGAUAAGGACUAUUUUAAGAUCGUAUUGUCCGAUCUUCCGCUGACGCGGCUGCGCAAAGGGGAGGUCUCUUACGAGUUCAUUCCGACCAACGACUCUGAUCUCGUCGACCAGAUGCGCUCCUUGGACUUCGUGUGGGUGCCGACGGGUGAUAUGGUAUGGAGGCUGUGCGAGCCCCUGAAAGUGAAUCGAUAAAAUCUGCCGUCGUCAACGACGUCGGCGUUUCCCUUCUCACAUUCCCCAGACGAUAUUAACGACUGCAUGUGCUCGUCGCUUGCGAGAGAUCAAAAAGCGGCCGACCAAUGAAGGCGAGAGUUCGAGACGAAACACAUUAGAAAGUCGACGCAGCCUACCGAAACGCUGACGACGCUGGUGUCCCAGACGUCGUGACGUCAAAUAAAAAUAGUAUAAAGAUAA